CUCGCUAGAUGCUCUGGGUUCUGGAAGCACCGAGGUGACGCAAUCUGUCUGGGCACGGGGCACUUCCACUCAUUGGCUGCCCGGCGCUCCGGGACCCCUCCCGACUCACCGCGGCGGGAAUAAGAGCAGCUGCUGGCACUGGGAGGCACCGGAGCCACUGCCCAGCUCAAGAGUCACCGCACCGCAACCUCCGCCCGGCCCUAGCAGGACCCCGCAGUCUCUGCUCCAAGUCACCGUUCACCAGGGAGGCAUCAUGGGCUUUCUGAAGUUCUCUCCGUUCCUGGUUGUCAGCAUCUUGCUCCUGUACCAGGCAGGCAGCCUCCAUGCAGUGCCUUUCAGGUCCACCUUGGAAAGCAGCCCAGGCCUGGCCACUCUCAGUGAAGAGGAGGCUCGUCUGCUGGCUGCACUGGUGCAGGACUACGUGCAGAUGAAAGCCAGGGAACUGGAGCAGGAGGAGGAGCAGGAGACUGAGGGCUCCAGCAUCACUGCCCAGAAGAGAUCCUGCAACACUGCCACCUGUGUGACCCACCGGCUAGCGGGCUUGCUGAGCAGGUCAGGGGGUGUGGUGAAGGACAACUUCGUGCCCACCAAUGUGGGCUCUGAAGCCUUUGGCCGCCGCCGCAGGGACCUUCAGGCCUGAGCAGUUAUAGCCCCCAGAAUGAAGGUUACAAUAAAGAUAAACUCUAAUUCUUCUCAUGUGUAAUUAAAGUCAUGUGCUGGAAAGGCUGAUGGAAGACAUAUAUAUUUGCAUCCUUCUUGGUAUUGAAAACCCUUCUCCCUUUGACAGGAACUAAAGCUAAGUGCAGAGUAAGCUCAUUAUAGUUGUCUAUUGUGCAUCAUGUUCUAUGUGAUUCUGUAUCCAAUAAACAUGACAGCAUGGUUCCGGCUUAUCUGGUAGCACAUCUGGUCCCAUAAACCAGCCUAUUGAUGUUGACAACUCUGAAAAACCUCAAGGGGAUUGAAACCAUUGCCUUCUAGGGACACAUGGUAGUGUUGUGACUUAAUGGAACUAUAUGUUUAAAGAAAUGUCAAUGUUGUCUCUCGUGAACUUAAUCAAAAUUAAAAAAUGUAUUUUCG